UAGGUAGAAAAGCACGUUCACCCGGAAUCGGCGGACCCAGUCAGUCACAAAUCGGGUGCGUAGCAGCACAACGUGAUCAGCAAUGGGGGAAGUUCCGAAAGUCGUGGACCUGCCACAGGUGAUCGAGCCCCAUCUGCCGGAGGGCUCCACUUUGGACUCUUACGUCAGCCGUUACCUGACCAAGCCCGGCGACAACUACGGCAGCAUUAUGCUUGCGGUGCAGGCGAAGAUCCGGAGCGCAGACGGCGCUUUCCAGGAGUUGCCGCUGAUAGCCAAACUUCCGCCGCUCACCAACGACCUAUACUGGCAGAUUUUCCAGCCCGAGCGGACCUGCAUCACGGAGAACGCCGUCUACCAGUACCUGUCGCCCGAGCUGGACAAGCUGCAGCUAGAGGCCGGCAUCCUGCCCGGGCAACUCUUCGAUGGCUUCCCGCGGUACUACGGCUCCCGCAUCUCGCUAGACCCCCGCUCCUCGACAGUCGAUCGGGAUGCCGUUCUGGUCCAGGAGAACGUCACGGUGCACGGCUACCGGCCGGGAAACAGAUACCGGCCGUACAACCUGGCUGAAACCGUGCUCGUCCUGCACUACUUGGCCCGGUACCACGCCCUGCCGAUCGCUCUGCGCGUCAAGAAGCCGCAGGUGUACGAGCAGUUUGUCCGGCCCUACUUCAAGAAGUUCGAUAUGAACUGCAACAUGGAUCCGGCCGAGAAGGAGCUCAUGAACACUGAGAUACUGCAGGACAUCAGGACGGUGGCCAGCGAGGAGCGGGACGUGAAGCGGGUCGAAGAGCUGCUGAUCGAGUUUGACGCUUUUCAAGCCAGCAAGGAUGUGGACGAUGGCCCCUUCACGACCCUCGUGCACGGAGACCUGUGGAUCAACAACAUGAUGCUGAAAUACAACGAAGAUGGCACCCCAGUCAAGGUGAAAAUAGUGGACUUUCAAAUCGCCCAGUACGGCUCGCUGGUGCACGAUGUCAUCUUUUUGCUGUUCUCAAGUGUGGAUGUACAAGUCCUGGAGGAUAACUACUACAAUUUCCUGAGCAUGUACUACAAGUUCUUUAUUCAGACCCUACGGGAAGUGAAUGUGGACACCAGUAACUACACACACGAGAAAUUUAUGAAAGAGGUUCAAGAAGUGGCACACUUACAGCUGCCUCAUGCUAUCUUUAUGAUGAAAGUGAUUUUGGCUGACAGCAGCACGAUUCCCGAAAACUUUAAAGACGUGGAUUUGUCGAUGCUGUCCAAGAAUACUGGAAUUAAAUCUAUUGUGACCAAAUUCGAGGCUAUUUUGCGACUAGGAAAGAAGUUUAAUAUUUUUUACUGAUCAUGUUUUUCCAGUGACGAAAUAAAUAACUUAACUUACUUACUAA